AGAGCACAUCGGACAGGUUUAAAUGGGAGGCAGCAGAGCACGAGCACAAGUGUCCGCUCCGGACAGGUGGACAAACAUGGAGGCAGUGAAGAGGUGGAGGUCAAGCUGGGGGUUUGCCACCACCCUGCUUUGCAUGUAUGGAUUCUUCAGCACUGUUAAACCGCUGGAGCCGUUCCUGAUCCCCUUCCUGACUGGACCAGACAAGAACCUGACAACUGAACAGGUGAACAGUCAGAUUUUCCCGGUGUGGACAUACUCCUACCUGUCCACCCUGGUGCCCGUGUUCCUGCUCACUGAUUGGCUACGGUACAAGCCCGUGCUGAUGUUCCAGAGCGCGGUGCUCUUCGUCACCACUGCUCUGCUGAGAUGGACAGACAGUGUGGCAGCCAUGCAAGCCAUGCAGUUCUUCUAUGGAGUCGUGACAGCCAGCGAUGUGGCCUACUUCUCCUACAUUUACAGUGUGGUAGAUCUGAAGAGGUACAGGAAGGCCACGUCCUACUGCCGCAGCGUGCAGCUCCUGGGCUAUACUGUGGGCUCCGUUCUGGGUCAGCUGGUCGUCAGCUUCAACCUGAUGUCCUACGAAAACAUCCUGGUGUUCACCUUGGUCCUCACUGCCAUUGCUUUGGUCACCUCCUGUUUCCUGCCCAUGCCAGAGAAGAGCAUGUUCUUCCAUCCAAAUCCCACAACACAGAGAGAGCUAAAAGACGGAGACGCCGGCUCGAACACAUCCACAGACGAAAUUAAGGAGGAGGAGAAAAGAGAAACAGAGGAGCAUUCACAGCAGGAGAACACAGAAGGAUCUUCUGGUUCAGGAAGUUGUGGACAAGUUGUCCUGCAGCUGUGGAGGGACUUCUGUCAGUGUUACAGCUCCCGACAGCUGCUUUAUUGGUCACUGUGGUGGGCAAUGGCCACAUGUGGAUACAACCAGACUGUCAACUAUGUGCAGGUGCUGUGGGAGCACGUGCAGCCUUCUCAGAACUUCAGCAUCUAUAAUGGAGGAGUGGAGGCAGCUUCUUACCUUCUCAGUGCGGCCACCGCUUACGGUGUCGGCUUCACAGAGGUCAGGUGGGAGCGGUGGGGGGAGCUGGCCCUGGGGGGCUUCUCUGGGCUCGGAGCCGCCGCUCUGUUUCUCAUGACUUUUGUUGGUAACAUUUGGGUGUGUUACUGCAGCUACGUCGUCUUCAAGUGCCUGUACAUGCUGCUUAUAACAAUAGCAAUGUACCAAAUUGCAGCCGGCCUGUCAAUGGAAAGGUACGCGCUUGUGUUUGGGGCAAACACGUUUGGCGCUCUGGUUCUUCAGACCAUCCUCACUUCUGUUGUGGUCGACAGUGCAGGGCUGGGCCUGGCCAUCAUUCCUCAGUUCACCAUAUAUGCAAGCUACUUCCUGGUCAUCUCUGCGGUUUUUACCCUUCGGGGACUCUUCAGCAUCUGGUCGACACAUCGACACAAAGGAAGGCAAAGUGAAAAAACAUCUGCAGAUUGUGAAGAACACAGAUUUUAACUGUUUCAUCACUGCAGUUUUUUUUAAGUCAUGCCAAAUAAAAGAGAAAAACGGCAUUUUCUUACACAUAAAGGAAAUACACUUUGAAUAUUGAUUUUAUUUAAAAUUCAUUUUAAUAUAUAUAUUUAUAUAUAUUUACAAAUUAACUUAAAAUUCUUUACUAUCCAUUGAAAAUGAUGUUAAGUCCAUGAGCACUCCUGCUCCCGGGUGGGGGCCGGGGUCAUUCAGGGAGGGAAGAGGAUGAACGCCACGCCCACAGCUCUGAUGCCAAAUUCACAGAUUUCAUAUUUUCACAAAAAGAGGUUUUUGUGUUUCUGUUAAACAAUCCCCCCCCCCC